CGGGCCGAGCCGAAUCGGGCCGAGCGGAGCCGAACCGACCGAACCGAACCACCCUGUCGAACCGAACAGAGCCGAACUCAUCCCUACGGCACCGCACCGAACCCGUCCCUACCGCACCGAGCUGAUCCCUCAGGCAUCGAACCAAACCCAUCCCUACUGCUCCGAGGCCAUUCCUUCCGCACCGAGCCCACCUCUACGGCACCGCACCGCGUCCUCCGGCACCGCACUGCACCCCGCGGUGCCGCACCGAACCCAUCCCUACAUCCCUGCCGUGCCACACCGCUCCACACCCGCUGCACGGCCCCGCACCGCGCCCUCCGGCACCGCUCCGCAUCCCAGGGCACAGCAUCCCGGGGAACCGCUCCGCAUCCCAGGGCACAGCACCGCAUCCCGGGGCACCGCAUCCCGGGGAACCGCAUCCCAGGGAACCGCACCGCAUCCCGGGGAAUCGCAUCCCAGGGAACCGCACCGCAUCCCGGGGAAUCGCAUCCCAGGGAACCGCACCGCAUCCCGGGGAACCGCAUCCCGGGGAACCGUACCGCAUCCCAGGGCACCGCGUCCCAGGGCACCGCACCGCCCUCCGGCACCGCACCGCUCCGCACGGCCCCGCGCCCCCGGUGCCCGCAGCACCCGCCCCCGGCAGGACCAUGAUGUCGUGUGCCGAGCUGCUGGCCGUGUGCCUGCUCUCAGCAGAUCGCGGCCCCAAGCCCCACCGCCAGCCGCUGCCCAUCUUCCACGACAUUUUCCGGCGAGCCGACAAGAACGAUGAUGGGAAGCUGUCAUUUGAGGAGUUCAAGAACUAUUUCUCUGAUGGCAUCCUGAGCUCGGAGGAGCUGUGGGAGUUGUUCAGUGGCAUUGACAGGCGUCACUCAGACAAUGUGGACACGGAGAAGUUGUGUGAUUAUUUCUCGGCGUACCUGGGGGAAUACAGGAAUGUGCUCUCUGCCCUGGAAACCCUCAACGCUGCGGUGCUGGCAGCCAUGGACAAAACCAAACUGAGGUACGAGACCUCCUCGAAGAUGGAGCAGUUCCUGACCCGGUUCCUGCUGCGGGAAACCAUGCACCAGCUGCAGUCCCUGCAGGCAUCCCUCGAGUGCGCCGUGGACACCGUGGAGGAGCAGGCGGGACGGGAGAGAAAGGAGAUCAAGAAAUCUGAGACUUCUGUUGGCCUGAGGUCAGGGAGGCGAUGUGGGCGUAGGGGACAGAAGAAUGUCUGCCUGUCCCCAACAGACCCCUACUCUGGGAUGCUGACAACAGGUGUUUGUGUCGAGGACAACAGCCAGUGGAUGGCUCAGAUCAACAGGCUCCAGCAGCUCAUCGAGAAGCUGGAGUGCAAGAGCCCACGCCUGGAGCCGCUGAAGGAGGAAUCCCUGUGCAAAGGCCAGGAUGCUCACAUCCUGGUGGCCAAGAGGCAGAUCUCGGUGGCCACGAGCAGCAUCGAGGAGUUCCGGCAGGCGUUCCGCUCCUACACCGAGGGCACGGCCGGGCACAGCAGCUGCCUGCAUGUCUCUGCCUGCAAGCUGACGGACGAGGCCUGCUUCAUCCUGUACGAGUUCUGGCAGGACGUGACCUCGUGGAGAAGCCACUUGCAGUCCAGCUGCAGCAAGACUUUCCAGCAGUCCAUCCUCAGCUUGCUGGAGUCCCCAGAGCUGCUGACCACCAUGCUCUUCCCAGCUUCCUGGUGGAUCAUGAACAACAACUGACCCGGGGCAGCCGUCUCCAGGACACCAUCAGCAUGCGGGAGGACGUGGAGCCCCGGGCACAGCCUUUGUCACCUUUGUCACCUCCCUGUCCCUCCAUUCCCUCCUGUGGCCAGCGGGGGCUGCCUGCCCUCGGCCCUGCCGGUGUUUCACUCCUUUGCUCUUUUCAUGUCAAUUUAUUUAUUUAUCCUGCUCCUAA